UUCAAUCGAAGCUCACUACCGUAUCAUUUAUGAGCACACCGCGGCCCGUGACAUGUGACCACAAUAUAUAGUGAUAAUUGAUCAUGAUUCGUGUAUGGAAAUUAAUUAUGAAACAAGUGUGUUUGUGCAUUUUAUUAAUUAAUAGCGCAAGUGGACAGUUCGGAAGUAUAUCAAUAAGUUUAGAAAGGAAACCGCGGGUUGACGAUGAUUCAAAUCUUGCAAGAUGUCCACCAAAUACAACAUGUGUCCCAGUCAGUCAAUGUCCACUAUUAGAAGAUUUGUUGGAUUAUGCAUGUUUCUCUUCAGAUAGAUAUUUUCUCCGUUUGAAUGAAUUAACAUGUGGAAGCUCAAAUGAAGAAGAUUUUGUGUGCUGUCCGUCUUGUGAGUGUGGCCGGGUGUAUCAACAUGGCAACCCUGAAUGCGGACAGAGCAUGGUACGAGGGAUUGACUAUAAUGGUUUAGGGGCACAGCCCUGGGUGGCUAGAGUGGGUUUCGCAAAUAAAGAUACGGGUAGUGUGAAGUUUGCGUGCACAGGCUCCAUCAUCGGCAAAAGGAUAAUUCUAACAGCUGCUCACUGUGCGUUGGCCAAACCGGAAGGGUACAAAUUAUCCACAGUGGUGGUGGGUGAAUGGGACGUCAGCCGUAGUCCCGAUUGUUCAGAUUUCUUCUGUGCGCCGCCACCACAAGCCCUCAAAGUUGAGAGCGUCUCAGUACACCCUGGAUACGAGCAGAAGAUAUUCAGACAUGACAUAGCACUCAUCAUUUUGAAGGACGAAAUUAAAUACUCCGUGACGGCUGCACCUAUCUGCCUCAAUGACAGGCCAUUGGUAGUGGACGAACGGGCCUCGCUCGUGGGCUGGGGAAAACUGUCCGGACAAAGUACAGCGGGGAGUCGUCAACAACAGCUGGAAGUCCCGAUAGUCCCCUUAGAAACGUGUGAGCGAGUGUUCGGUGAAUCCGUGCCAAUACACGAGGGACAAUUAUGCGCUGGGGGGGAACAGGGGAAGGACGCUUGUUCCGGUUUUGGUGGGGCUCCCCUGGUUAUGAAGAGGGAUGGCAUGUUUGUACAGGUUGGCAUAGUGUCAUUCGGCUCCGAGAACUGCGGAAGUGAAGGUGUGCCUAGCGUAUACACCAAUAUAGGGCACUACCAUCGCUGGAUUGUCGAUAACUCUCCCACAAAUUAAUGCAAUAAAACUCCUUAUAAAAAAUAGACUUCAGCAAACUGAGUUUUGUCCAGUAGGUGAAAACUGUAAUAUGGUAUUGACUGUACAAUAAAUAAACCGACAAAUAAAUUAUUGUGCGCACACACACACUCACACAUACUUAGCACUUACUUAUUUUCUUCUAUUGUAUCUUAUGACAAUGGCCUGAUCGUACGUGUUCCGGUCUGGUGGUGGAGAUGCUGGCUAUCUGUCACUCAGGUCUCCUGUUACAGAGACCAGUCUCUCACAUACACUUCCUAAUGUUAUCAUCUUAGUUUAAUCAUAAUAACCUUGUAUGUAUAUGUGAGAGAAGAAAUAAAGAUUAUUAUUAUUAUUAUUACAAAGUUAUUUUCGAUUCUCUACCUGCUGCGCUUUUGAAUACAAAGCAUUAUUACUAAUAACGCUGUUGUAAUAUCGUGAUAUCAAGGUUUAAUUCAUUGUAUACAUAUGUUUUGUAAAACGUUAUCAAGCAUUGAAAAUUGUCAUUGUAAAUGUUAUAUCAAGGCCCAUAGAAAAUCGAUGUAAAAUUAUCGACACGAGUGGUUUUGCAGUAUAUUAUAUUUACCUUAUUUAUAGAAUUAUUGUUAAGCCCCAAAUAAAAGUGCCUUUAAUA